AUGCCUUGUGGUGCUUCAACUCUUUUCAUUCAAGUGGUAUCCCAAAGUGGGAAAGGUAGCUAUACCGUACGCACUUUUACAAAUAAAGAUCUGGGCGUUUUAAGAUAUAUCGGUGUUGAUGUUAUUGUUAUAAAGGAACCUCUAUUUCGUAUACAAGCUAGGGUUGAUGAUCUCGUAAACAUUAAUUGUCCUGAACCGUAUUUUAGUGGAGAACUUUGCUAUGCUAAAUAUGUCGAUACUCCUGAAUGUAAAAAAGAAAAAGAUAUAGAAAUUGGUGUGCCAAUUGCAACCUCUAUCUUUGGGGCAAUAGGAGAUUUCGGAUUUAUAAUGGGAAGAAUCUCACGCCGUGCCCAACAAUUGAAAAAGGCUCGUGAAAUACAAGCUCUAAAAUUAGCAGCAAAGAAAAAUGAUGCAAGACAUAAAAUCAAUAAAAUUAUAAGUGAGAUGGAUGAACCGAAACUAAAAAAUGCAUUAGAGUUGAUAACAAACCUAAAUAAUUCAGAAAUAACACGAUUUGAAGCUUUGACAGAUUCAAAAUUCGAAGAUGAACCUAUUCACUAUGAAUCCAAAUCUUUGUGA